AUGUUGAGAAGGGGGAUCCAUACAAGCACCGUGCGUGCGUUCCAGCAGUCUGCUAGGCGGUCGCUGACCAUUCCAUUCCUGCCCACACUGCCCCAGAAACCUGGUGGUGUCAUUGGUUCGCCCAAUGACUCGUACGUUGCUCCAAAGACGAACAGAAUGGAGGGGUCCGUCCACUGGUGGCUCGAGAAAGGGUUUGCAGUGACGUGUGUGCCCCUCGUUACCGCUGCAAUGCUCACGAGUGGGCCGCUCUCGACAGUUGCGGACUCGGUUCUGUCCGUGGGGCUCUUAGGGUACUGCUACAUGGAGUUGCACUCGUGUAUCACUGACUACGUGUCCGCGAGGGUCUACGGGAAGUUCCACAACUACGCACUGUACUUGCUCGGUGCUGGCUCAGUGUUCUCACUGUUCGGUAUAUAUAAACUGGAGACAGAGAACGACGGGGUGACGGGUUUCGUCAAGAAAUGGUGGAGGUCCCAGGAAUUGAAGGAUACAGCAGUUGGGGCCAAACUGCAAGAGAAGGUCAGUGCGAGGUAA